ACGAGGCAUAGGAGACUUAACAGCCAUCAGCCACCUCCCAAAGUACCAAGCAAAAGAGUUAGCAAUUUUCUUGUCUUAAUUCUAUAUCCGCUGAUAAAUUUUUAAAGAAACAAACAAGAAUUUUCUCCUUUUUAAUCAUUCAACUUUGUGAAAAAGAAUGAAUGGUGAUGGCCAAUUAGUACCUCAAGGACUAACAAAAGAAGAAUUUGCAGAAUUGGAGCCAUUGAUUCGCAAUUACCAUAAGUUUGAAGAUGUACCAAACACUUGCACUUCUCUAAUAACACAACGCAUUGAGGCACCAGCUGACGUCGUUUGGCCUUUCGUUCGGCGUUUUGAUAAUCCCCACAAGUACAAGCACUUCAUCAAAAGCUGCAAAAUGACUGCAGGUGAUGGCGGAGUUGGGAGCAUAAGAGAAGUUACUAUAGUAUCAGGAAUACCUGCAUCGACAAGUACAGAACGCCUAGAGUUUUUGGACGAUGAGAAACAUAUUUUAAGCUUUCGAGUUGUUGGCGGUGAGCACAGAUUGACCAAUUACAAGUCAGUAACAUCAGUGAAUGAGUUCAACAAAGAUGGAAAAAUAUACACAAUUGUUUUGGAAUCCUACAUAGUUGAUAUUCCAGAAGGAAAUACUGGAGAAGAUACAAAAAUGUUCACAGAUACUGUUGUGAAGUUGAAUCUUCAAAAGCUUGGUCUAGUGGCAAUGUCUGCUCUGCACGGUCACGAACAUUAGAGGCAGAUUCAUGAUUUAAAUUUAAAAGGUUAUAUUUUCUUAAAAUAAUUGUGGUGUCCGGCUAGCUUGCGUGCAUCUCGAAUGAUUUUAUGGGAUACUUGUUAUCUCUUAUCAGUACAGGUACUGAAUAAAAAUGGAUUAAUUUUUGUGUUUUCACAAUUGCAUUCAAUACACUUGUGUAAGCAUGGGUUCAAAUUUUCAAUGUUUAUUGUUAUUUUAGUGAUUUUGUAAA